CUCCCUUUUCUUUCAUCAUUACUGAUAUCAGGACACGCAAAGGGAAAAGCCCAAGAAGACUUAAUUUCAGUGGAAUAUUUCUUAUCUCUGCAUCUCUGCAAGAUAUUUUUUUUUUGUUUUUUCUUUUUUUGUUUCUUUUUUUUUUUUUUUUUUUUUUCUUGUCACAAACCCGACUUUUGAGCUGAUCUCCAGAACCAUGGACAGCGCACUGGACAGACUUGAUGCCGCAAGUUUCUUACGGUUUUGGCAACAUUUCGACAAAGAUGACAAAGGCUACAUUGAAGGAAAGAAGAUGGACAACUUUUUCAAACACAUGUUGCAAAAACUGGGAAUGAAGACAGAUGAGAUAACAGAAGACAUAAUAAGACGAAUGAGAGACAGAUUUGUGUCUCCGUAUGACCCUACUGCAGACAGAAAUGUGCCAAUCGAGGAGCUGGCUGCCAUGAUGCUUCCAGAGGAAGAGAACUUCCUGCUGUUGUUCCGCAGAGAAACUCCGCUGGACAACAGCGUGGAGUUCAUGAGGAUUUGGAGAAACUAUGACACAGAUAGCAGUGGUUACAUUUCAGCCAAUGAGCUUAAGGGUUUCCUACAGGACCUGUUCCUUCAGCACCAGAAAUCCAUCACGCCUGAGAAGCUGGAGGAGUACACUGAAACCAUGAUGAAGAUGUUUGACAAAAACAGGGACGACAGGCUGGACCUGAACGACAUGGCCAGAAUUUUGGCCCUGAAUGAAAACUUCUUACUAAAGUUUAAGACAGAUGCUUGCAGUCUUGAAGACAGAAAGAGGGACUUUGAGAAGAUUUUUGCUCAUUAUGAUGUCAGUAAGACAGGUGCACUGGAGGGUCCUGAAGUCGAUGGAUUUGUCAAGGACAUGAUGGAGCUGGUAAAGCCCAGUAUCAGCGGGAUGGAACUGGACAAGUUCAGGAAAGCCCUGAUGGGUCACUGUGACAUCAACAGAGACGGAAAAAUCCAGAAGAACGAGCUUGCUCUCUGCCUCGGCCUAAAAUUCAGUUAACCGUCUUUGGCAAAGUGUCUUUUUUUAAUCUUAUAUGCCUGUGUCCUACAUAUCUAUCCACGCUAAGGUUCUCUGUUUAUGUCCUUUCAUUCAUUUGACCUUUUCAUGCUACUUUUCAGCACUUUCAUUGUGGCUGUAUUACAAGUUUUCUUCUUUUAUGUAAAACAAAAACUUAACCUUACCUAAGCACA